AAGUGUACGGAGCCGGAGCGCAGCGUGGUGGCACCAGACACCUCCCUUUUCCCCGCCGCUUUCUUUCCUUUCUCUUCUCUCACUUCGGUCUUUUAAACCUCCCUCUCCCUCCUCGCCGGGAGACCGCCCGGGUCGCCUCGCCGCGCCUGCACUGGUGGCUCCGCCGCCGUCUUCGGGCUGCGCCGGGACUCGGGAAAGCGAAGGCGGCGCCGCUCCGCCGGUGCUCUCAGCCGCCCGCCCGGCCUGCGGGCGCCGCGGUCUCGGAGCCGCUGCCGCCGGGCGAUGGUGGCCGCCCGCGCGCCCGCGCUGCAGCCGGGCGCCCCCUAAGUUUGCCAGCUACUGCCGCCGCGCCGUGAAGCCGAGAGCGCAGGAGACGAGGAAAGUUUGGCGGGCUGCGCCUCCCGCGGCCAGAGCCCGAAUCCGGUCGGCGGGAGUGGCGGGAGGCGGCAUGGCCCGCGAGCCGGAGGAAGAGGAGACCGUAAGGCCGGCCGCUGUGGUCCGCCGCUGUCCCCGCUACCCUGGCUGGCCUGGGGCCCCGCGGCCGCCCCUUUGGCUGCUCUGCCUUGUGGCAUGCUGGAUCUUGGGCGCCGUGGCCGACGCCGACUUCUCCAUCCUGGAUGAGGCGCAAGUGCUGGCGAGCCAGAUGCGGAGGCUGGCUGCCGAGGAGCUGGGGGUGGUCACCAUGCAGAGGAUCUUCAACUCUUUGGUUUACACAGAGAAGAUCUCAAAUGGAGAGAGCGAGGUUCAGCAGCUAGCCAAAAAAAUCCGGGAGAAGUUCAACCGCUACCUGGAUGUGGUCAAUCGGAACAAGCAAGUGGUAGAAGCCUCCUAUACAGCCCACCUGACAUCCCCGCUGACCGCCAUCCAGGACUGCUGCACAAUUCCGCCUUCCAUGAUGGAGUUUGAUGGGAACUUCAAUACUAACGUAUCAAGAACAGUGAGUUGCGAUCGACUCUCUACUACUGUGAACAGCCGAGCCUUCAACCCAGGACGAGACUUAAAUUCGGUUCUCGCAGACAACCUGAAAUCUAACCCUGGAAUCAAGUGGCAAUAUUUCAGCUCAGAAGAAGGGAUUUUCACCGUCUUCCCAGCACACAAGUUCCGGUGUAAGGGCAGCUACGAGCACCGCAGUCGGCCCAUCUACGUCUCUACCGUCCGGCCACAGUCCAAGCACAUAGUCGUGAUUCUGGACCACGGGGCCUCAGUCACGGACACCCAGCUCCAGAUUGCCAAGGACGCCGCCCAGGUCAUCCUCAGUGCCAUUGAUGAGCAUGACAAGAUUUCUGUGUUGACUGUGGCAGACGCUGUCAGGACCUGUUCUUUGGACCAAUGCUAUAAGACGUACCUGUCUCCAGCCACCAGUGAGACCAAAAGGAAAAUGUCCACAUUUGUUAGCAGCGUCAAGCCCUCCGACAGUCCCACCCAGCAUGCAGUAGGCUUUCACAGGGCGUUCCAGUUGAUACGAAGCACCAGCAACAGCACUCGGUUCCAAGCAAACACAGACAUGGUCAUCAUUUACCUGUCAGCAGGCACCACAUCAAAGGACUCCUCGGAAGAAGAUAAAAAGGCGACUCUCCGCAUCAUCAACGAAGAAAAUGGCUUUCUGAACAACUCCGUAAUGAUUCUUACCUACGCCCUCAUGAACGAUGGGGUAACUGGUUUGAAAGAGUUGGCGUUCCUCAGGGAUCUGGCUGAACAGAACUCUGGGAAGUAUGGAAUCCCAGACCGGACAGCCUUGCCUGUGAUCAAAGGCAGCAUGAUGGUGCUGAACCAGCUGAGCAACCUGGAGACCACAGUCGGCAGGUUCUACACUAACCUUCCCAACCGAAUGAUUGACGAGGCUGUCUUCAGCCUCCCCUUCUCUGAUGAGAUGGGAGAUGGUUUGAUCAUGACUGUGAGUAAACCCUGUUACUUUGGAAACCUCCUCCUGGGAAUCGUAGGUGUGGACGUGAAUCUGGCUUACAUCCUUGAAGAUGUGACAUAUUACCAAGACUCUUUAGCUUCCUAUACUUUCCUCAUAGAUGACAAAGGGUAUACACUUAUGCAUCCAUCUCUCACCAGGCCAUACUUACUGUCAGAGCCUCCCCUUCAUACUGACAUCAUACAUUAUGAAAACAUCCCCAAGUUUGAAUUGGUUCGGCAAAAUAUCCUAAGCCUCCCUCUUGGCAGCCAGAUUAUUACUGUCCCUGUGAACUCGUCCCUGUCUUGGCACAUCAACAAGUUGAGGGAGACUGGGAAGGAGGCCUACAAUGUGAGCUACGCCUGGAAGAUGGUACAGGACACUUCCUUCAUUCUGUGUAUUGUGGUGAUACAACCGGAAAUACCCGUCAAACAAUUGAAAAACCUCAACACUGUACCCAGCAGCAAGCUCCUGUACCACCGACUGGAUCUUCUGGGCCAACCCAGUGCUUGCCUCCACUUCAAGCAGCUGGCAACACUAGAAAGUCCAACCGUCAUGCUGUCUGCCGGCAGCUUUUCCUCCCCCUAUGAGCACCUCAGCCAGCCAGAGACCAAGCGCAUGGUGGAGCAUUACACGGCCUAUCUCAGUGACAACACGCGCCUCAUUGCUAACCCGGGGCUCAAAUUCUCUGUCAGAAAUGAAGUAAUGGCGACCAGCCACGUCACAGAUGAAUGGAUGACACAAAUGGAAAUGAGCAGCCUGAACACGUACAUUGUCCGCCGUUACAUAGCAACACCCAAUGGCGUCCUCAGAAUUUAUCCUGGUUCCCUCAUGGACAAAGCAUUUGAUCCCACUAGGAGACAGUGGUAUCUUCAUGCAGUAGCCAAUCCAGGGCUGAUUUCCUUGACGGGCCCUUAUCUGGAUGUUGGAGGAGCUGGCUAUGUCGUGACAAUCAGCCAUACAAUUCACUCAUCCAGUACACAGCUGUCUUCCGGGCACACCGUGGCUGUGAUGGGUAUCGACUUCACACUGAGGUACUUCUACAAGGUUCUGAUGGACCUCUUACCAGUUUGUAACCAAGAUGGUGGCAACAAAAUAAGGUGCUUCAUAAUGGAGGACAGAGGCUAUCUGGUAGCUCAUCCAACCCUCGUUGACCCCAAAGGUCAUGCACCUCUGGAGCAGCAACACAUUACCCACAAGGAGCCCCUGGUAGCAAAUGAUAUCCUGAACCAUCCCAACUUUGUGAAGAAGAACUUGUGUAACAGCUUCAGUGAUCGGACAGUGCAGAGAUCUUACAAAUUCAACACUAGCCUGGUGGGGGAUUUGACGAACCUUGUACAUGGCAGCCACUGUUCUAAGUACCGCCUGACAAGAAUCCCAGGAACCAACGCAUUUGUCGGCAUCGUCAAUGAGACCUGCGACUCUCUUGCCUUCUGUGCUUGCAGCAUGGUGGACCGUCUCUGUCUCAACUGCCACCGAAUGGAGCAAAAUGAAUGUGAAUGUCCUUGUGAGUGCCCCCUGGAGGUCAAUGAGUGUACUGGCAACCUCACCAAUGCAGAGAACAGAAACCCAAGCUGCGAGGUUCAUCAGGAGCCAGUGACAUACACGGCUAUCGACCCAGGCCUGCAAGAUGCCCUGCAGCAGUGUGUCAACAGCAGAUGUAACCAGAGGAUGGAAAGUGGGGACUGUUUCGGUGUGCUGGACUGCGAAUGGUGUGUGGUGGACAGUGAUGGAAAGACUCACCUGGACAAAUCCUACUGUGCGCCCCAGAAAGAAUGCUUCGGGGGGAUCGUGGGAGCCAAAAGUCCCUAUGUUGAUGACAUGGGAGCCAUCGGUGAUGAGGUGAUCACACUAAACAUGAUUAAGAGUGCUCCGGUGGGCCCUGUGGCCGGAGGCAUCAUGGGCUGCAUCAUGGUGCUGGUCCUUGCCGUGUAUGCUUACCGCCACCAGAUCCAUCGCCGCAGCCACCAGCACAUGUCACCUCUUGCUGCUCAAGAAAUGUCAGUGCGUAUGUCCAACCUGGAGAAUGACAGAGAUGAAAGAGACGAUGACAGUCAUGAAGACAGAGGCAUCAUCAGCAACACCCGGUUCAUAGCUGCAGUCAUGGAGCGACACGUACACAGUCCAGAAAGGAGGCGACGCUACUGGGGCCGCUCGGGAACUGAAAGUGAUCAUGGGUACAGCACCAUGAGCCCACAGGAAGACAGUGAGAACCCUCCAUGCAACAAUGACCCUUUGUCAGCUGGGGUGGACGUAGGGAACCAUGAUGACGACUUGGACCUGGACACCCCGCCUCAGACUGCAGCCCUGCUGAGCCACAAGUUCCACCACUACCGCCCACACCACCCAAAUCUCCAUCACAGCCACCACCUGCAGGCGGCUGUGACAGUGCACACUGUGGAUGCUGAGUGCUAACAACCCUCUCGCCUCCCGGAGCAGAGUGGCCCUGCGUGACACAGAAUGCUCUGCGAAGAAAUGAGCCUGCAUACGGCCCUGUCAUGUGGCAUGAGCCGGCAUACAGCCCUGUCACGUGACGCACUUCGUCCAGUGUGGUUCCACUGGUUUGCUGCCCGCUGGCUUGUUGAAAAACUGGAACCACAAAGUCCUGUUUGUGGGGAUCUGAUGCUGGUUCUGUGACAGAGGGGGAGCCUGAUGAACUGACCUGCCAUGAUGGAAUGGGACAGUAGGCACACCGCCAACACAAACAAACAUAGGGGGAACUGAGCCAGAGGAGUGCUCCCAGCACCAGAAGCACUCAGUCCCUUAACUGGAAGAAAGCUGGAGCCGAGGCCCAUGAACAUGGCACGCCAGAUGCCACCAGCCGCUGGACGAACUCCCGUGUUUCCUAGCGGUACCUAGACACCACCAUAACUGUACAGAGCUCACCUUGGGCUCUAAACGAUGCAUCUCAAAAUUUCUAAGUAAAGGAUUAUUUUUCUACUAUUUAUUGAACUUUCAAACUUUGUGGGAGGGGAAAGGAACUGAGAGAUUCUCGGCCUUCACCCUGGCUGUUGUGUGCGAUGUGGUUCUCUGAUUAAGGAGUUGUGUUUCUUAUUUAACUGGUGAUCUGCCCACUGCCCUCAUCCACAAAACAAACAAACAAACAAACAAACAAACAAGGAAGGAAGGAAAGGGAAAGGAAAGGAAAGGAAAGGAAAGGAAAGGAAAGGAAAGGAAAGGAAAGGAAAGGAAAGAAAUUGGGGAAAUGAAGAAAUCUUUCUCUGGCUUAUUUACGUCACUUCCUAGAAAAAAAUGUCAUCUGUGAUAGUGUCCCCUCUUUCGAGGGGCAGUGAUCUAAGAUGUUUUCAAAGAAACUUCAUUCCUUUAGAAUUCAUUUCCACCUCCCAUGUGAUGGUUUUCCUUAGGUUUCUACGAAAUCUACUAUUAUAACCGUAGCCUUCCAGUUUAGGGAGGCAUGGGUUUAUUCUCUUUGUUUUAAAGACUAUAAAUUUUAAGAUGUCUUCUUUUUCACUCUGAGAAUAUAAAACAGGUAAAGGGAGACAUUUUAAAAUUGUGAAAUUGUGGUUCUUAAAAGAUUUCUUUUGAAAUCACAGCUCCAAGCUGCUGCCACGGAUCCACCAAACUGCUUUUGGCUUCUACGGGGCUUCAUCAAAUGGCUACUCGGACGUGGGGCAUUGGGAUUUUAAAGUAGUGUUCUAAUUCCAGUGGUGUCUCUUAGAUCCACGCUUUGUGAUUCAAAUAUGUUAUGAAGAUGUUCUUUGCGCCGUGUGUGUGUAAAUCUCCCUUUAUAUAUAGUUGGAAAAAAAUCACCAAAUAAUGUUUUAAUGAUAGGGUAUCAUGAUAUACUGUAAAAAAUAAAAAUUGGGUCCUCAGCACUACAGAAAGUAAACUAUAUAUGUGCUCCCUGGAAAGCCCUUCAUACUGUGUAUAAAGUUGCAGUCUAGUGAAAUAAACUGUAUGCAAUGGACAGUCAA